AUGACAGACAAUCUCAAGCCUGGACAAAAAUUUCCCACGCCAACCCCCGGCUUUGGUGAUCGUGUGUUUUACGAAACUUUGCUGCGACAACGACCAGAUUCGAUUAUGGCACAAGAGUGGUGCGUAAGCUACGGAGUACUUCCGCACGACGAAGCGGAACGUUUGCACAAAAAGGUGACGGAUCGCAAACGCCAGAUGCGCUUGGGUGGGGGGUCAGCGGCGACCUCACCGGCGCGCAAAACUAGUGUGAAGGCUAAGAAGCGAGUAAUUAAAGAAGAACGCUUCGAGCCUGAUCUACAGGUUUCGGGUGGAGACGGUAUUGGUACUGCUGUGUUGUGA